AUCAAGUUCCCCUAACUCUACGGCUCCAGGGUCUUUUGUCGCUGCAAGUGCAAGGGACCUAGUUUAUCUCCCAAACCUAAAAACGUUUAAAACGUUCCCCCAUCCCAGCUUUUGGGAGCCUGAACUUUCUAGUAAACCACAACUUCAAUGUCUAAUUGCCAAGGAGGCAGCAGCUCUUCAUCAUUUUGUUAACUGACCCAUCGCUGAUUCUGAAAUGCCAUCUUACCUGAGAUUUCUGGUUCCGAGCUCACCUCCUAGUUUUGCUGUCAACACCCAUUUGGGGCCAAUAUACACUUAUGUGGUCGAUGGUGCACAUUUGCAACCAGCCAUGUUACAAUCAAAUAUCCAAAUAGCUUUUUCGAAGAACACAUGUCGUACAGUUACAUUCACUAAUUCCUUCCCAAUUGUGCACUGUGCUGGAACAUUACAACUCAACAUAAACGCUGGAGAGAAAUCUGACGCUGGGCAUAACCUUCUGGCAGAAGCUGAUACGGGAUUAUUGCCGAAACAGACCAUCUCUGAAGAUGUUGAAGGUGAUAGUGAUUCUGAUUCUGAUGAAGGGGUUGGUGAUGUGGAUCAUAAGGAAUUACGGAGAAGAAGAAAGAUAGGGUUAGCAAAUAAAGGGAAAAUUCCUUGGAACAAAGGCCGGAAGCAUAGUGCAGAAACCCGCACUCUGAUCAAGCAGAAAACUAUAGAAGCUUUGAGUGACCCCAAGGUCCGAAGGAAGAUGUCCGAGUACCCUCAUGCUCAUACCGAGCAAAGCAAGGCAAGAAUAGGCUAUGCACAGAGACAGGUUUGGGCAAAGCGCUUGAAAUGGAAAAGACAGGGUGAGAAAUUAUAUCUGAAAUGGGCAUUAAGCAUAGCAGAAGCAGCCAGGAGAGGUGGGAACAACCAACAUGAACUAGAAUGGGAUAGCUUUGACAAGAUAAAAGUUGAACUUGCUGUUAAACAGCUUCAGUGGGCUGCAGACAAGGAAAGGGAAAAGGAGCUUGCAAAAUUAAGAAGAGAAAAUGCAGCUGAGGCAAAAGCUGAGAAGAUGGCAAGGAUUACCCUGAAGAGAAAAAAGAAGGGAAAGAAAGUGAAACCUAAAGGAAUAACGAAGCGAAAGAUUGAUAAAUCAAUGGGAGAGAAAGAAGACUUGGCUGUUUCAAAGGAGAUAAAACUCAAAGCAGUAUUAGCAAAGAUUCACAGAAGGAAGUCAAUAAACAGUCAAGUUGGUAGUCAAGAGGACACAACAACAGGACAUCAGCCGGCUACUGAAAAAUGGGAUCUAAAGUUUAUUCAGAGAGAAAAAUUGCGAAAAGAAAUUUCACUUGCUGAUCAGAUCGAAGCUGCAAGGAGCAGAAGAGCAGAAUAUGCAGCACAGGAAUCUCUGGCAGAGUCUAGGAGUCAUCCUUCCAUUACAUGGUCAAUGGGAGAAGAGAAGAGUUAGCUUAAGGCUCACUACCUGCAGCAUCAGGAGGUUUUUGGGUUUUGCAGGUGCAGGAGGGAUUUUCAAAGACUCACAUGGGGUGUCUAGAGGCUUUUUUGCAAAGUUCCUUGGGAUUUAGACAACUUUCAAGCUUUCCUUAUUGGUUUAAGAAUGGCAAAGGAGAUGGGGAUUUCUAACGUAUGAGUUGAAUGCGAUUCAAUGGUUGUGGUCACCUUUAUUAGUCCACUCCGUGGUUAUUCCUCCAAGAGUGGCUCUAUAGCGUAAGUUUGUUUGUUUUUUCUUAAUUAUUUAUUUAUUUUUUUUUUAUUUUAAGUUUUUUAAUUUUAACACAUCGUUUCAAGGAAGCCAAUUCGGUGGCUGAUAUGUUAGAAAAGAAAGUUGCAGCUGCUUUGUUGUCCAAUGUAUGGGUAGACCAGCCAAGCUAUGUGGUUUCAGAUGUGAUUUAGGAUGUUUAGGUGAACCUGGAUUACGAUUCUUAGACUAAUUUAUCAUUUCAAUUUUGAUGGUU